UCGUUUUCAGAUUCUGAUUGGAUUCAUUGAUUUAGCCAUUGAUUUAGCUGCUUGCAGGCAAGAAGAAUAAAAAGAGAGAGAGAGCGAAAAUGAGCAAAGGAGCGGCAGCUGCGGGUGCGAAAGGUGGGAAGAAGAAGGUAGCAACCUACGUCAUCGAUUGUUCGAAGCCUGUGGAGGAUAAGAUAAUGGAGAUUGCUUCCCUAGAGAAGUUUUUGCAGGAAAGGAUCAAGGUCGGUGGCAAGGCCGGCGCUCUCGGUGAUUCUGUUACCGUCACCCGUGAGAAGAGCAAGAUUACCGUCACUGCCGAUGCUACUUUCUCCAAAAGGUACCUCAAGUAUUUGACAAAGAAAUACUUGAAGAAGCAUAAUGUGAGAGAUUGGCUCCGUGUGAUUGCUUCCAACAAAGACCGAAACAUCUACGAACUUAGGUAUUUCAACAUUGCUGAGCAAGAGGGAGAGGAAGAGGACUAGAUAUAUAGAUUCCGAUUUUCUUCCUUUUUGUUUUUGCUGGAACAGACUUUUUUUGAAUUUAUUACUUCUAUCUGAGUAUUGGGAUUUAACAAGACUUUCUAUUUUAUGAAUCUGCAUGUUGGGCAAAUGAUGCUUUAUGUUACCUCUUAUUCUAUCAAUCUCUCUUUUUCAGCAUGUGCCGCUGCUAUUUAUUUGAUAUCGUGUAUUUUGUACCAACUAUGAUUGUCUGGAGGUUUUGGUGCUCUCGACACUUGCUAU